GGAGGGCAAACAGAAAGAGAUAGAGAUAGGGGAGGCAUCAUUGAGGAAUAGUAGUCCGAGUGUGUGAAUGCUUCAGAGGGGAAGAAGGAUGCAAGAAAUCUCAGCUGUAACCAUGUGGAAGGCGGGAUUUCCUUAACUUUUCUGCCUGGUCUUCAAGCCUGUGAAAGUGUUGUGGGAGGGACUGGCUGCAUUUGGAAGUGGGGGCAAUUCCCGCUGAGAGGAGCCGGGGACAGUGCUUGGAAGUGUGGACAACGUUAUAGAGAGCCAUGUGAGAAGAAGUGGAUGCUGCGUCAGAUUACGCAAAAUGAGGGACAACUACUACCACGGGAGCGCUUCCUCGGGGCUCGGCCAGCUCGGAAAGGAUGCCAGCUGCUAGCACAAUGACUGGUGGGAGGGCGCUGCUGCUCUGUACAAACACUGACAACUGUAUCUACCAAUCAGUCAACGGGCUCCAGUGCUGUGGCUUGAAGGUUGGGGAGGCUCCGUCUGUGGUGCCCCAGCGCCAAGAGGUGUGCGGGUUAACAGGGGGCAGAGACAAAAGGGACACUGCUGUGCCCGCCAAUCGUCCCAGGGGAAGCCCGGGUCCUUCUGACAACAUGCUGGCACACAGAAGAGCCUCCUCCACCACAAAUGACCCGAGAACUCCUAACAUGGAGAACGGACAGUGCGGGAAGUUGAAUAAAAGCCAGGCAGGAGUCAAGGCUGCAAGCAUCCGUGAUAAGAUCUCCCAAUGGGAGGGCAAAAAGGAGACGAGCCAGGCCAUUUCCACAGACACUUGUCCACUUAGCACAACACAAAAGGAAAUUGAGGCUGUGAGAAAAAAAGAAUCGAAAGCCCCGGAAGUCCAACGGACCAACAGCAAGAGGUUUGUCAGCUGGGAAAGGCAGGACUCGGGAAAGGAGAAUGUUGGAAAGCUUGGGGACCUGAGGAGUAAAUCACCAGAAGGCCCAACAAACAGAGACAAAGAACUGAUCAUGGAGAGAGGACUGAGGGCUGUGAAGGCAACAGAACAGCCUCAAGACAAGAAAUCAGUUUUAACUCAUGUUAAGAAACUGGAAAAAGCAACAAAACAAGUUCCCGAUGGACCAUCGUUGGCUUUUCCAGGGAAUUACUUCUGCCCACCUUCCAAAGAUGAGCUGGAAGAAUCAGAAAAGAGGCUCAAUGAACCCAUUUUUGGUACUUUUGGGUCAAGACGGAGGAGAGAUGGCGAUCUGGAGAACGUGUACAGUGAACCAGGGGCUCCAUCGAUUAACCCUUUGCCAAAACCCCAGAGAACAUUCCAACACCACACACCGCCUUCUACCCCAGUGUCAGGACCAGGAUCUUGUAAGGGGAAGAGGACUCUGCCUCCUUUGCCCUCCAUUCCGCCUCCACCUCUCCCCACCUGCCCACCCCCUGGAGUUUGUAGGAGAGUGUGGACAGACAAAUCCCAUGACAGCAAUAACAGGAAGUCCUACGAGUUUGAGGAUCUCCUCCAGUCGUCUGCAGAAGGCUGCAGGGUAGACUGGUACGCUCAGUCCCGCCUGAGCCUCACGCGCACUUUAUCGGAAGAGAACGUCUACGAGGACAUAAUAGACCCUCCAUGCAAGGAGAAUCCCUACGAAGACAUAGAGCUGGAAAGAAGUUGCCUUAGUAGCAAAUGUGUCUCACCCGCCUCCUCUUCACCCAUUCCUGACACUCCAACUAAGCUGUCCUCCAAGCCAGGCUUCUUCAGACAAAACUCAGAGCGACGCAGCUUCAAAGUCCUAGAACUACGGAAAACCAACAAGGAUGCUGGCAUGUCCUCACCGUCUCGCAUCAGUCCCCCUUCCACACCCAGCAGCCCCGACGACACACCGUGCCUCUCUGGGGACCCGUACAACCGGCGGCGGAGGAAAAUCCCCAAGAUGGUGAUGAAAAUCAAUGGCAUCUUUGAGGCUCGUCGUGGUAAAAAGCGCAUGAAGAAGGUGUCGCAGUCCACUGAAUCCAGCUCGGGAAGAGUGACAGAUGAGAACAGUGAGUCAGAAAGUGACACAGAAGAGAAAUUAAAAGCCCAUAGCCAGAGGCUGGUGUCGGUCCAGUCCAUGCUGAGGCAGACGGGGCGGUACCGUACCUUGGAGAGGGAUCUGAUAGAGUUGCAGGAGAGAAAACUCUUUGAGUAUUUUAUCGUAGUGGCCCUUCACAAGACCAAAGCUGGGGUUCCAUACCUGCCUGAAGUCACACAGCAGUUCCCUCUUAAGCUCGAAAGGAACUUCAAGUUCAUGCGGGAGACAGAGGACCAGCUGAAGGUCAUCCCUCAGUUUUGCUUCCCCGACGCCAAAGACUGGGCGCCUGUCGACAACUUCCCGAGUGAGACAUUUUCAUUUGUUCUGACUGGUGAGGACGGAAGUCGGCGAUUUGGCUACUGCAGACGAUUACUGCCCAGCGGUAAAGGACGGAGGCUCCCGGAGGUUUACUGCAUCGUCAGUCGCUUGGGCUGCUUUGACCUCUUCUCCAAGAUCCUGGACGAGGUGGAAAAGAGACGCGCUAUCUCCCCUGCUCUGGUGCAGCCCUUCAUGAGAGGCAUCAUGGAAGCUCCUUUUCCCGCUCCGGGGAGGACCAUCACUGUCAAAAACUUCCUACCCGGCUCAGGAACGGAGGUGAUCGAGCUGUGCCGGCCGUCCGAUUCUCGCCUGGAACAUGUGGACUUUGAGUGUCUCUUCUCCUCGCUGAGUCUCCGCCUCCUCCUCCGAGUGUUUGCCUCCCUGCUUCUGGAGCGCAGGGUCAUCUUCACCGCCGACAAACUCAGCACCUUGUCACAAUGUUGUCACGCCGUGGUGGCGCUCCUCUACCCGUUCACCUGGCAGCACACGUACAUUCCCGUGCUCCCGCCCUCCAUGCUGGACAUCGUCUGCACCCCGACCCCCUUCAUCGUGGGACUCCUCUCCAGCUCACUGCCUCGCCUGAAAGAGCUGCCGAUAGAAGAAGUCCUGGUGGUCGACCUCGGCAACAGCCGCUUCCUCCGGCAGCUGGACGACGAGGACUCCAUUCUCCCUCACAAGCUGCAGGCAGCUGUGGAACAUGUGCUGGAGAAGAGGAGGGAGCUGGCUGGUGAGAAAGGAGACCUGCCCAAUGACUCCAGCUCCCUCAGCGCCGUGGUGUCGGAGGCUUUUGUGCGCUUCUUUGUGGAAAUGGUCGGCCAUUAUUCGCUCUUCAUGGGCGGAGCUGAGCGGGAGGAGGAGUCGUCGUCCCUCUCUUCUCCCACCUCGCCCACCACGCCUUCUUCCUCCUCCCCCUCCUCCUUUCAGCGAGAGGCCUUCCGUAAGGCAGUGACCUCCAAGAGUUUGAGGAGGUUUCUGGAGGUGUUCAUGGAGACGCAAAUGUUUACGGGCUUCAUCCAGGAGCGGGAGCUGCGCAGACAAGGCCUCAGAGGUCUGUUUGAGGUGAGAGCGCAGGAAUAUCUGGACUCGCUUCCUGGCAGCGAACAGCGAGGGGUCAACAAGUUCUUGAAAGGCUUAGGAAACAAGAUGAAAUUCCUCUCGAAGAAGUGACCCUUUUCUGGAGGUACUGGAGGACCCUUCCAGUAGUUUUUUUUAGGGCAUCUUCCAGUUUCAGAGUGCGUACCUCCCGUUUGGAACGAGGUGUAAAUACUUCAGCAACUUUCUUCUCACAUUCCCGGGAAACAAAUCAUUCUUAAGCAUUCCAAGUAUUUCCUAUAGAAGUUUUGACACUUAGUACAACUUCUUCAACAGGAGGCUUUAAGUUAAUUUAUAUUAUUUUUUUUAGAUACAUAAUCUCCUUUUUCAGUGCAAAGAGAAACCUCCUGUAGUUUGUUCAUAGGCUUUAUUUAACAAACUUUGCUUGUUUGUGAGCGCACCACUGCUAAGUCGUGAAUUUGUGUGAUGAGCACCAAAAUGAAGAAGAAUGUCCUGUGUGGUAGUAGCUUUCCAUAAAGUCAAUAAAGUCAGUGGAAUCAUC